UGCAGGCACGUCAAUAGCUUUCACGCUCUCUUGCAGUUGCUCGUGCAAGAUGGCAGUUAUUGCGAAGAACAAUGCUUUUGGAGCAGGAAGCCCCAGCUGGAACCUCUCCUUCCCCGAUGGCAACUUGACUGCCGCCGAGAUCCUCGCGUACCUUCCACACUGGCUGAAGUCAGUGGACGUGAUUCUCAGGCUCGUCAACCACGGCGGAAGGUCUGUGACCAUUACGCAUUUCCUUAACACGUAUAGAACUAUGCCCACCGAUGACUAUCAGCCAAACUCGACCACGGUCAUGAUGCACUACGCCAUGCGCCGUACUGGCAAGUCAGGAUGGACAAUCAGCUCACGCCACAAGUUCGACGUCGAUCGUGAGUACGCUGAGGAUAGCCUGUACGUCGGUGACUUCAGGCCGCCGCGUCUCACUCACCCAAAGAUUGCUUCGUACAAGCAGAAGGCCAAGAAGGAAGACCUGGCACGCAACAGCGAAGCUGAUCCCAUUCCAUUCAAGGAUCUUGCUAUUCAUGUCAAGAAGCACCCUUCUGGCUAUGAUGCACUGGAUCUCACCCGUUGUGUUAAGUAUGCGGUCAAGAACCCUACAGAGGAAUGGUUCUUUCCUACCGACUUCAAAAAGCUAGUGAAGCACAUUGGCGGCCCGCGUCCCGUCACUCACUCUCACCUUGAUAGGCAACUCUUUGCCCGUUACGACUACCUCUACACCGCUCACGACCCGUCACGGCUCGCAAACAAGCGCAAGGCCGCCGAUCCCACUAGUGACAGUGAAGGUGACAGUGACGAUGGCUCCGAGCCUUCUCCCAAGCGCAUAAAGUACAGUAGGACCAGGAAGUCCGCUUCCAACACCACAGCCACCGCCAAAAAGGUCGCACGCCAAACAAAAGGUACCGCAAUGACAGAAACCACUCCUCGCGAGACUAGCGGGCGCGGCCUCGGCCAGAUGGACGGCAGCCACGAUCGUCUUGACGGAAAGCGCAGGAGCAGCCGCCAAGUCAAGAAGGUGCCUGUAUACAACGAGAAGGAUGAUGAUGCCUCGGACGUCGACGCCGGCGAUGCUGAUUAUGCCACGCCUCGCAGGGUGCGCAAGUCCGCCCGCGUCCUCAAGGAAGAAGAGAGUGACUUCGAGGCCAAAGAUGAGCUCGAGAGUGAAGACGAGCUGGUGCCCCAGCACAAUGCCGUCGCCGACCGUGAUUUUGGCACUCCCACAGCUGCGAGGGGCAGACGUGUCGCCGGUCACAAAGCCCGCCAGAUCAUCAACGAGCAAUCAUCAGCAGCUCUUAUGGAACAGUUCAACACCUUAGCCGCGUCUGCCAAACCUGCUCACAGAACUUUCGACGACCCUAGCCCAGAGAUGAUGGCCGUAGCUCGCGAUUACGCAUCUCGCACACCUGUUCACAUUCCAGCUCCCGUUCUGUCCGGAGACCGCAUGGUCAUUGACGACUUCACUGUAUUUCUAUAUGCGCAGGAGGGCUGCCGCAACGCCGACGAGCUCUGGGCUUCCGCGCUGUCGACGUACCGCUUUGGAGGACCGCGUCGCCACGCCCCGUUCCGCGAGCUAUACCGCCUUACCGAGCCGUAUCCGUGGGACACGAGUGAUUGGGCAGAGAACAUCCGCUGGGCCAAGGAGCAGUACAAGCUGUUUGGCAGCAAGACCUGGACGGAGUAUGAUGACCACCUCGACACCAUUACUGAUCUGAGGAGGAGUCUGAUGUGGGUCAGCGAGGAGAGCCUUAUCAUGGGCUUGCAGGGUAUACUUUGAUGGGGUAUGUCUAUUUUGAACAGUGGUUUUUGGGAUCCGGGAAGGUCCUUGAGACAUCGAUGAACGCGAAACGCGCAGCGCAAACGACGCUUUAGCAUACAGGAUGCCGACAAUGUUCUUCGCAAACACUGUCAGGUAAUGCAAUGUAUGCUACACUUUAGCAAAUUUUAAGCAUG